CGAAGAAGAGAGAUGAUGAUCAUCAGCUCCGGCUCCAUUGCAUCAUCAUCAUCCCUUUCUCUUCUCUAUUCGUCUCACACGAAAUUCUAAUUCUCAAUCGAUCUCAAUUUGUAUCGGAAGCAUAACCAGAGAUGCUCAAUUGUUUGCUCCGGCGUCUGAACGGAGAGAGUGAUGGCCAUGAACAGAGCUACGAGGCAACGGCAGUGUCAUGCAGCCGUGUCCGCCACAGAAUCUAGGGUUUCUCUUGUCUUUGCUCUCGCGUCUCAGGCGUCCUCUGUCUCCCAACGUUUUUUGGCUGAUUUGUUGGUGGAGAUUGCGAAAUACGUGUUUCCCAAGAGAUUCAAUAGCUCUAAUCUUGAAGAAGCUUUGAUGUCUGUUUUUGAUCUCGAGACAAUGCACUUCAAAGUUCUAAGUAAGACAGACAAGUACGAGAUUAGAGAAGUCGAGCCUUAUUUUGUGGCCGAGAAUACUUUGCCAGGGGAAAAUGGAUUUGACUUCUAUGGUCCUUCUAAGUCUUUCAAUGUGUUAGCUGAGUACCGUGAGAACAAAGUAAAAGAGAAAAUGGAUAUGACGACUCAUGUCCUUACUCGUAAAGUCCAAUCUGUUGGAAAGAAGAAGAUGGAAUGA